GGCCGCGCAGGCGCUGCACGUCCCCUGGCCCCGCGGAGGGAGGCCCCGGCCCGCCGGGGCAGCGCUGGCGGCGGGUGGCGGCCCGGCCCGGCCCCCGCGCCUUUCCCGCCGCCGCCGGGCGGCUCCACCCCGCCGCCUCGCCCGCCUCCCGCUGCCCGCGCAGCCGGCGGCGGCGGCGUCCCGCGCUCCUCCCCGCCCCUCUCCUCCCUCCCGCGCCCCGCAGCAGCCGAGCGGCGGCGGCUGGCGCGAUGGUGCGGCGCGGGCGGCGGCGGCGGCGGGCGGCCGGCCGCGGGGCGACGGCGGUGGUGGCGGCGGGCCCGGCGACGAGGGCGGCGGCGAGCCGCGGCAAGAUACCCAAAGAAGUGGCUGACAUUUUUAAUGCCCCCAGUGAUGAUGAAGAUUUUCUGGGGUUCCAGGAUGAUGCUCCCAUACAGACAUUGUUGUCAGAGGACAGCUGUGAUAGUUUUGAAUUCUUGGAAUCAGGCAAAAAGGAUGUUCGACUUCAGUCCAGAUACCUUACUGAAGAGCUGCAGAAGAUUUUCACUGAAGACACAGACUCUGAAACUGAAGCGUUUGAAGGCUUUGCUUCAAGUGAGGGGGUUGUGAACAAGAAACGAGUUCUGGCAGUAGAGUCAGAUUUGAGCGAUGAAGAACAUGGUAAUUUAUUGGGUAGCGAGGAAGAAGAGGAGGAAGAGGCGAAGAAGAAAUUUUCCCCCAAAAGAAGAAGCUUUGGUCUUCGUGUUGCAUUUCAGUUUCCCACCAGAAAGUCUUCUGAGAAAAAAAUGCCUGAACCAGCUUUUUCCAAGUUACCUUUUAAGGACAAUAAAGACCUCACACCUCUUUCCAAAGAAAGAAGUUCCAAGCGAUGGCACAAACUAGAGGGCUCUGGUUCAGAAUCUGAAGAAGACAUUAAAGAAACACAGGAAGAAAAUUCCAGUGCUCUGCUUAAAAGAGCUAUGAAUAUUAAAGAAAAUAAAGCCAUGCUUGCCCAGCUAUUAGCAGAACUGAAUUCCAUACCCGACUUAUUUCCAGUGAAAACACCCACCUCAACUCCUUCGAAACAGAAGAAAAUCCCAAGGAGGACAUUUUCUGAAGGCCAGAUAGAGCGUCGCAUGAACCCAACCAGAAAUGCCCGUCCACCAGAGAAAUUUGCCUUGGAAAAAUUUACUGUGUCUGCUGCCAAGUUUGCGGAACAUUUCCGUAGCUACAGACAGCAAAACCUCUUGAAGAAAAGACUCAGUGUGGGGGAUUGUGGAGUGCGCAAAAGGAGGAGGUCAUCGAAGUACUCAUCUUACCGUCCUGUAGAGGAUAUUACUGAGGAGGACUUGGACAACAUUGCAAUCACUGUUAAAGACAAAAUCUAUGAUAAAGUUCUAGGUAGUACUUGCCACCAGUGUCGACAAAAGACAAUUGAUACAAAGACAAUCUGUCGUAACCAGGGCUGUGGAGGUGUAAGGGGACAGUUCUGUGGCCCUUGUCUUCGAAAUCGAUAUGGUGAAGAUGUGAAAUCAGCACUGCUAGAUCCAGACUGGAUCUGUCCUCCAUGUCGUGGGAUAUGUAACUGCAGUUACUGUCGCAGGCGUGAUGGUCGCUGUGCCACAGGAAUGCUCAUUCACUUGGCAAAGUUCUAUGGCUACAACAACGUGAAAGAAUACCUUGAAAGUUUACAAAAACAACUGGCAGAUGACAAUUGAGAACACUGAACUCAAGCUGUGCCUGCAACUGGUUAAUAUGUGGACAAGUUUUGACUUUUAAAGGUUAUUACUAUGUUUUAUAUAAGAUAGAAUUGUAGAGUAUAGUAUAUGCAUUUCUGCAUUUAGAAUUUGUUGAUUGAUUGGUCUUACGCAAAAGAUCUCUCAGGAAGACGUCUCAGUAGAGAAAUCUACAUGCAGUACGUUCAUUUAUGCACAGACCUAUACAUCAAGUGGAAUAGCACUCUUGAACCUUGAGUGGUUAAUUUUUAAUAGGGCUACGCAACUAUGUGAUGGAGACUUUUGUAGAUUUGAGCAAUAUUUUUAUUUAUAUGAAUGUGAAAGUCUGCAGAAAGGGUGUUUAACAACUACCUAUAAAGCAUAUCCCCUCUUUAAAAAAACAAAACACAAAAAAACAAAAAAACCCUUGUGUUCCAGACUUGGCCAUAAAGAUUCAGUUUUCCAAUCAUUGCUUUCUGAACUUAUCCCCCCUCCACCCUCUAGUUUAUGGGCCUUGUCCCUGCAAAGAAGGGAGGGGUAUUUUCAUCUGAAUGCUAUUAUAUUCCAGCCAAAGCUGAUGCAACCUAGUAGUGGGAGGAUGACUUUUUUUAUUCCAAAGUGCAAUUAACCACUGAAACAUGAAAGUGGAAGAGUGUUUUGUGUAUUAAAAAAAAAAAAGCUUGUUUUUAUAAGUUUUAUAUUUAAAAAAAUUGGCAAAUUCAUCCCAAUAAAGAAAAAAGAUUGCUCACCAGCAGUUUUUCCAUGUGAAUGCACCUGCUGCCUGAGCCAGCCAUCUUACAGUAAUCAUACCUGGUUUAAAUCAAAAAGUUUCCAGAUUUUUUUUUUUAAAUAUAAUUCUUACUUGGAUUUUUUUUUAAUAUGUGCAGCCUAGUUUUGAGACAACUUUCUUUAAAUGCAACAUGUUUGUAUUGCAGUCUGAUUAUGUUAAAAUUCAUGUAAAAUACGUUUCAUUUUAGAGAGAAUAAAGAAUAAUCAAGAGAAA